AUGGGCGACAAAACCUCUGCCAAGUUCCUCUCCCUCGGCGCCAUCAUCCAGGAAUUCAACGUGGACGGACAAAACAUCGUUCAGGGAUUCACCACGAAAGAAGCCUACGAGAAGCACAACUCGCCCUGGUUCGGCGCGAACAUUGGACGCGUCGCUAACCGCACCAAGGACGGUGUUAUUCAAUCUCUCAAUGGACAGCAAUAUCAACUCGAACUGAACGAUCCUCCGAAUGCGCUGCACGGAGGUAGUCGUGGAUGGGGUCGCUGCGAAUUCGACGGUCCGACGGUGUUGAACCGCGAUGGAAAGACCACGCUGCUGUAUACGUACCUGAGUCGUGAUGGGGAGGCAGGAUACCCAGGUACAGUAGAAUUGAGGGUCUACUAUACCACGAGUGAGGAGGUGGAGAAUGGCAAGACUACAUCCGUGCUGAAGAUUGAAUACGAGGCUGAGUUGGUGGGCGACGAGUGCAAAGAGACAGUUGUUAAUUUGACCAACCACAGCUACUUCAACCUCAACGGUGGCCCAACCACCGAAGGCACCAUCACCAAACUAUCAACACAGGACUACCUACCCCUAGAGAACGGCAUCCCAUUGGGCCCCAUUGAGCCCUACCCCAGCGAAGUCACCAAGGAAUUCACCUUCGGCCCGCAGAACCAAUUCGACGACGUCUUCGUUAUGGACCGCGACCUGUCCCGCGUUCCCCUCGAUACGCGGGGUGAGCCCCUCCGCCUGCUGGCCGAGUUCCAGCACCCAGACACGCGUCUGCACCUGCAAGUGCACAGCACGGAGCCGGCCUUCCAAUUCUACACGGGCCAAGGCAUCGACGUACCCGAGACAGACGGGAAACCGAGUCGGGGCCCAUUUGCGGGGUUCUGCAUCGAACCCAGUCGGUUUGUCAAUGCGGUCAAUGAGCCCGGAUGGCGGCACACGGUCAUUCUCCCGAAGGGGAAGAAGUACGGUAGUACAAUUGUGUAUAAGGCCUGGAGGGAGUAG